GCUAGCUAUCGAACUAUCGUCCAUCACUAGCUUCUGCGCGUGUUUCAAUGGCAUGGCUGUAAAAAAGACGAAAAAUAUUGCUAAAAUCUUGUUUUUAACGCGUUAUUCGAACGCUCCCCGCAGCCAAAUUGUGAAAUAUCCAAUCCCCAUACUCUACUCAACGUGCUGCUACUAAAAUACGGUGAAACGGUGCGCGAACAAAUCGAGCAGAACAUAAAAUGCAAAGCGUGGAAGGCGACGUGCAAAAAGAAGAAAAUUUUUUGCCCCGCACAAGAGACGCGCAAAAAGGCGAAAAGGCAAUUCGACAAUAUCGGUGUGCUUCUAGUCGAAACUAAGGCAAAAGGAAAUUGCGUGCACUUGUGAAAUCCGUUUGCAUUACGUAUCCGUGUCCUGCGAGUUUAUAAACAAUUGAAAACAGGCGUUAAUUGUAUAAGUUCGCCGAGGGGUGGGGGCGCCUCGCUCUCCUUCCGCGCCGUCUCGUCUCGGCCCGUCCAAUCCAAUCCGCUGGGCAAAAUCUCUCGGCCUCUCGGUUUCGGUCUCUUUUUGGUUCAGUUGUGCAGCGAACUUCCGUGAAAUCGGUUGUUGUUUUGGCUACGUUCUCUCCUUGCUGUUUGCGCGCGUAAAAUUCAUCGCUCUCUCCCUCUCUCUCUCUCUCUCUUGCCUACCACUCUCUGUACCGUUUUUCUCUCCUUCUGCCGCCUACAAUUUGUGGGAAAAUUCUACCUAAGCAGGGGUACAGCAACAACAACAACACUAGCAGCAGCAAUAAUACGCUGAGCAGAAACGACAAAAACAACAACAGCAACGGCAACGCACAGGAGGAGAGCAGCUGCGUAGAGAACAACGAAAAGCAUAAAACAGAGAGAGCGAGAACCGGAACGGAUUCAACGCCAACGGCAUGCAAAGCGUGUGAAUGCAGAAAAUAUGAUGGAAGCAUUGGAUCAGCAACAAGCCAAGCUAACGUCUAACAGAGAUGAUGGAGAAGCGGGAACAGGAUCGGAAACGGGAUCGGGAGCGGGCACCGGGGGAGGAGCAGCUGCCGGCGAGGAAGACGACAUCGAAGAACUUCAUUAUGUGCUGGACGUGGCGAAGGAGGAAAGCGAGAGCCACCAACAUGGGGAGAACAACAACGCUGAGGAAAAUGAGGAUGGAAAGACGAAAAAGAACGAUGACGUGAUAGAUUUAGCCAUGGCAAAUGGCCAGGGUUUCAGCGUAACGCCGGAGGAAGAGACCGCCGGAACGGAAGAGACAGAGCAGUCAGAGGAAUCUCUUCUCCAUCUGAGAAAAAGCACAGAGACACCAGUCGAUUUAGAAACUCUCUCAAGUCCAGCAAACUGCUUGACAACUGCUCCUCUCUCUACAGAUCUCGUAAAGCAAGAGCUGGUCGAAGACAAUCCAGAGGAACUCCAAGAAGCAGACAGCAUCCCACUCACAGAGCAGUUCUUAAAGGAUAUCAAACUGAAGACCGAAGUGGAGGACAAAACUGAUUCCUUAAGUGAUAACCAUAUGGAGUUCUUAUCUGAUUCAGAAGAGCAGCCGGUGGAUUCUUUAGGGGCAAAUCAUGAGUCGGAAACCGAUGAAAAAGUCCACUUCCUGCCAAGGGAAUCAGACAGCAAUGAAGUGGAAGAAAAAUAUUUUCGAUCUGCCAAUGAUGAUUCUGAAAGCGAAGUCGAGGAAAAGGUGUACACCCCACCAGUGAUACAUCUAGAAACAGAUUCAGAGAGUGGGGAAAAAGAGUUUUUAUCCAUUAAAGAUAAUGAGAGUCCAGCUUUGGAGAUUGAAGGAGAGACUGCUGAGUCUCAGUCUUCAAACGAUCUUUACAAGGAUGACGUUGACGAAAAUGUUUCCACUAUAGCGCCAGAAGUGGUUGAUACUGCAUCGCAACCUAUUGGUGUAACUUCUUUAGAAGGAUCCGACACAGUGGAUUCUCCUUCGCUGACAAUGGAUGUGGAUCUUCCAAGCAGCGAAGACGGAGCGCCCCCCAGUGUCAUUAAAAUCGAGUCUGAUUUGGAAGAUGAAACACACAGUGAUAGUGUCAAGUUAAAAGAACAUACUGUUGAGGUCGUUCCGUUGAUCAAGCUGAACGGGGCUCAUAAGGCUUUGAAAGAAGAGAAGCUCGUGGACGAGGAGAUGGUGGAACCCGGCCAAGAGCUGGAAGACCCCAAGGAACUGUCUGUGAUAACAAACCACACUGGCAACAACACUAAGGAGGAGAACACUACCGCUUCUCAGGUGCCAUCGCUCUCUGUGAUUCUACCUGUUCGUACGAGUCGUAGCAGAAGCACAAGCAGCAGGAGCAGCACCGUAAGCUCCGCUUCGCAGCCGCAGCUGGUCAUCGAUCAUCCGGAGAGCGAGCACAAUCCCAAACCGCCGACCCUGAAGCUUUCCCUAAAGCGCAGGCGUAGCAAGAGUUCCUCCGUUAGCCAAUCUGAUAAACAAACAAAGAUGGAGUCAGGUGGCUCCGUUUCCUCGCUGCUUCUGCAACGCCUUCAGGGCAAUGCCAGUGUGGGUCCGCCUGUCGCCUCUACGGAAUCGCUACAAGUCCUUAGUUGUGCAAAGUGCAAUUUGCAGUUCGAGUUCGAAAGCUUUCAGCAGCUGAACAAGCAUCAGGCCCAGUGCAACGGUAUCCAAAGCACGAGCAGUUCCCAGCUACCACUGAAGCAGGAGCGCUUCUUUCGGUGCGCCCAGUGUAGCACCGUUCACCAGUGCUGGCACUUUUUUCUCCACAUGCGAGAAGUCCACCAGCGUUACAUUUGUUUAUAUUGUAACCAUGUGUAUCCCAGUGUAGAAAAGCUGUCGCUGCAUCUAGAAAACAAGCAUGACAUCGACCAGAGCCACUUCGCUAAGGAUGCGUGGGAAGAGCAGCAGAAAACGGAGGAUAGAGCAAGGCAUCUCGUUUGUUGCACAUGUCAAGCCACUUUUGUCCAGGGCUCUGAUUUUGAGGAUCACGAUUGCUCCCAACUGAUGCAGCCGUGUGCUUUGUGCAAUCAAAAAAGUGGCCAUGCCAUUGGUUGCAAGAACAACAAACGAAAGCCUUCCAGAAGGCGGCGAAAGGUUCGUAGACCACCGGAAACGCCACUGCCGAUUCCCCAGGAGCCGGUUGAACAACCCGUGCCCGUGGAGGCAAUACCGGAGCAACAGCCCCAACAGUUGCAGCUCCAUUCGGACAUACAGAAUCUGUUCCCUGCUGAAAACAUUCCAGCGCCAGAGCCCGUGGAAGAUCCUCCAGCGCCUCCCAUUCCCAAGUUAGUUGUGCCCAAAAUUAUGUUGCGGGUGCCUAAGGAAUUUCAGAAGUCUGUGGAUGCCGCCCUAAGCAGUACGGAUACGGAGGACGAGGAGUUAGAAACGGCACAGCCGGUGGAAGAAGCAGUGUCGGCACCCACCGAGGAGCUACCUUUUGAUGCACCGCCUCCUCCACCGCCAGCGCUUAGCUUCGAUGACUCGACUGCGUCCAAGCUAAAUCGUGUACUGGCGGAACUGGAGCGCACCAAGCUGGACAUUGAGCGAACCAAGGCGGAUAUAAUUACCAAAAAGCAGUCGAAGGUUAUUAUGGCCAAUGCACAUUUGGAAAAUGUUGUGCCACAGGUUGUACAUCCUCCUCAGCACCUGCAGCCACAGCAAGAGGAACAGCGUCGUUGGUCACUAACGCCGCCUGCGUCGCCCCACAACAAUCACGUCAAUCUUCCAGAACCUCCCCCAGCUUUAAUUACUGAAUUUCAAGAUCAGCCCGAUGCAGUGCGUCGUAACAGUCUCGGCAGUGAUUGCAUGGACAUAGAUGAUAGUUUGAAUGGGCCAGAGAUGGAAGAUAGUAGGGAUUCUACGGAGGAACAGAAGGAAUCUCUGGAGCCAGCCCAACCGUUGCAGGAACCCCAACCUGUUGACGAGCCCCUUGCCAUUCAGCCGCUUCCACCCGCCGAUGGCAUAAUGGUAGCUGGAGCUGACACCCACACCGUGGAUCUGCAACUGGAUCGUCCUCUCGAUCGGUUUUCAAUGGUGGAUUUUGUGCGUUUGUGCUUAAAAUCAGUGUACUCCUUAUGCCUAUAUUGCAAUCAUGCCCGAAGGAUCGCGGUAAAUAUAAAGCAGUUGGUGCUUCAUUUAAUAGGCCAGCACAGAUUUACAGCCACAGUGGAUAGCAUUACGGCAGAGGAACUGUACGCAGAGACCAUUGUAGCAAAACUAAAAAGCUUUCUUCCGCACUUGGAAAACGAGUAUAUGAAUGCGGCCAGUUGUUGCAGUUUGGAAAAUGGCAAGUACGUGGAGCCGUUCAACGAGCGAAUAUACGAGUGCUUCACCUGCCGUUUUGUGACCUCCACUCACAAGGAGCUGUACACCCACAACAGAAGACUGCACAUUAAGUCGAACAUAAUGUGCGUCAUGUGUCAAACUAAUUUCUAUAGCUACAGCGAGAUUUUGUGUCAUAUUUGUCCAGGCGAGGUAGCCGGAAGUGUUUACGAUCUUCAGUUCCGUUGCUGCCUCUGCGAUAUGGCUCCAUUGCCCUCCGCCUUUAGACUGAUGGUACAUCUGAGGAAGCAGCACCAGGCUUGCGAUAUCUGUCUGGAGGAUUGCCAGAGCCAAGCGAAACUGUCGUCUCACGUGUGGAAGCACAAGUUGCUACACUUGUGCUAUCGCUGUGGUAUCGCGUAUCGCAACAAGCAGGACAUCUCAAAGCAUCUGUUCUGGAAGCACGGAACGGAGAGUGCAGGAUGCAAGCAAUGUCUACAAAAGCGCUGGCGCCAUGUCUACCACUUCUGUGUGCCGCCCGCAGAAUUUCCAUGCGAGCAAUGCGGGUUCGUCUUCAGCAAAGCCAUAUACCUGGAGGUGCAUCAAAGAAUGCAUUCAGGCGAUUUCCGCUAUGCGUGCACCGAGGAGGGCUGCGAAGAGAAAUUCGUGUCGCGCAAGCUCUUGCUUAAGCAUGCCAACAGUCAUGUCGCGAAGGAACUGCCCCAAGCAACUUCCAUGGAGCAGGCGAAUGAUGCCACCUCGGCCCCAAAGUUGGAGGAGAUAAAGGAGGAGCUCGAAGAAGGCGAGGAUAAAAAAGAAGGAACACAAAAUGAUGAAAAGCUCUUAUCCGAAUCGGAAACCAAUAAAGAGUCCACCAAGAAGGAGGAACCGAACCGCAUCGAUAAUGCAAAAGAGCCGCCCGUCAGUAAAUCUGAGAAUCGAAAACGACGCAAGAAGUCGAAGCGCAACAAGGAAUCCUUGGAGGACCUCAAUCUUAUCGCACCCAAUCUCUCAGAGUCGGAUAGCAGUGAUGACAGUGAUUCAGAUGCACCGAGAAGCAGCCACCAGGAGCAGCCUAAACUGCCAAUGCGAUCCUCUGUGGAUGAUCUGGAUAUGCCCAAGGUGAUGCUGUCGCCAUCCUCUGAGAGUGACGCCGAUGAACUUGAUGGCAAAUCCAAACUGGAAAAUAAGGAAAAACUUUCAGAGGGCUCUAAAGAAGAAAAGGCUCUUGAUGCCGAUGAUGAAUCGGAGCCCAAGAAGGAGGAAGAUCAAGUGGAUGUUUCAAUUUGGAAAAACCUCCUUCAAAAUCAGGCGGUGGCCAUCCCGGAAGAGCAGGCGGUUAAGGAGGAGAACAGGGAAGACUUAGCCAUUCUUCCGCCCGCAAAACUUCACGUCGCCUGGUCUGAUCACGAUUAUUGCAAAUUGCACCGCACGCCACCACCCUCACCCGUGAAACAAAAGUCCGCUAACAAAUCAUCAAUAAAAACGACUGGUGAGAAUGCCUCCAGUGAUAGCGACAGUUCAAGUAGCUCCAGCUCGUCAGACUCCGAUUCCUCGAGCUGUUCGUGCGGCUCCAACUGUAGCUGCAGUUCUAGCAACAGCAGUAGUUCCAGCGACAAUUCCGACGACUCGGAUAGCUCUACUGCUCGCGGAUCGCCACAGAAACGGUCUCGCAAGAAAUCUUUAAAAGUAAAGAAGAGCUCAGAGUCACUCAAAAACGGUCAGAAUGGUCCAAAUGAGCAGGAUCAAGUAGAGGAGACAACUGCCGUCAAUGAGAACAAUAAUCCAGUGGCUCCACCCUCUCCCAAGCCUCCUAUGUACAAUGAGUCGGACUUCGAUACAGCUUUCUCGGAUACAGAUGAAGAGUUCUACGACUCCCAUCCUCAGAAACUGGCCAACGAACUGCUGACCCAAAAGCGAGAGGCUCUCAUGGCCGAGCAUGCCCCACUGCGGCCGAGCAACAAUUACGACAUUGUGGAAAACAGUCGACCAUCAACUCCUUCUCUUCCGGAGGAGGCUUCUGCUUUUGCUGACAAGCGGGAAAAGGUGAGGAACAAGAAAAAGAAGCGGGAACGAAAGUCUACGAGUAAAACUGGCAAGCUGCAGCCGAUGGCUAGUACACCCCUACCCAUGGAUAGGAUAGGCGGAAUGCCUGGAAUGAUUGCGCCCCUGGAGCCGCCUACUCCUAUACAGUCACAUCCAGAAUCUUCUCUGUUCCCUGUAACGCCACUUACCCAUCGUCAACUGCAAUCGUCCAUGACCAGGAUGAGUGAGGGCAGCAGCUGCUCCGAUGCCGAUGCCCAGCUGAAGCGUUCGAAACGCCAGCGACGUCCCAACAAGUUCUACGGCUAUACGAGCGACGACGAAAACAUGAGCGCCGUUCUAGCGCCACCGCUACAGGUGGGAAUGCAGCUUAUCAAACCGCAGCCACCACCACAGUUGACCUGGGCCAAGGAGGAUCUGCCCACACCGCCUAAGCAGCGAAGCAGGAAUAACAAUAACAGUAGCCACCACCAUCACUCACACAGCAAUGGCGGAACUUCAUUGGCGGGCUCCUCGCGGAAAAGAAGCAAACAGCGUUCGCUUCUCGGCACAGGAGGAUCUCGCUCAGCCAAGCGUCACAAGCCCGAUCGAGAGGAUCACUUGCCACCCAUUCCGACUCUCAAAAUCCGGCCUAGCCUGUUGCCCACCACUGCUCCACCAUCGGACAGCAGUGAAAGCAGCUCUGAUGACGACGAGGCGGAGGUUAAUGUGACCAGUGUGGUCCCGACUCCACAAGCGGCGCCACCUCCAGUUUUGCCAACUCCUCUACCGGUGGCUUUGCCAGUUCCACCACCGCCACCGCCAGCGGCCACUGCUUUCAAUCAACCCAUACCACCAGCACUGCUACCCAAUCCCGGGUUCGCCACACUGCAGUACUUCAAGGCGAACAACAUACGGUAUCCCAUUCGACCGCCGGCGGGAGCGCGCCUCGCUCGCGAAGGAGAAUCUGUGUACUGCUACUGUCGCUGUCCGUACGACGAGGUCUCCGAGAUGAUCGCAUGCGACGGGGACAACUGUCUUAUCGAAUGGUUCCACUUCGAGUGCGUGGGCAUCAUGGUGGCGCCGCAGGGCAAGUGGUUCUGCGCCGAGUGCAGGCCCAAGUACUCAGAGGGUAUCUAUCAGGGCGCCAAGCCCCAAUGAAAGAACACGGAUUAACUGCAUAAUUGGUUCCUCCUACCACAAAUAAUCAACUAUAACUACAAACCCCACUACAGAAUGGAUUACGCUUAUUAAUUGAUAAACACAUAUAGUCGCUUAUCCCUGGCGAUCGUCAAAGGAGAUGAACUCUAAAUCUUAUCUACUAAAGAAAUAGAGCUAGACUAAUAAAGUAACGUACUUGUAAAAAUUGCGGGCAGAAUGUAACCGCAGGCUCAAAGGAGCUCUCCGAGGAGAGCCUAAGCUAAGCUAAUUUAAUUGUAAUAUAAAUAUCCGCAACAUGAUUAUCAAAUUAUAUAUACAUUUCUAUAUUCGCUUAAAUCGUAUGUAAAUAUCGAUGGCUGCAUAUUUCGUAUGCACUUUGUAAAAUAGCUAGAUUACUCGAUAGAUACCAUAAACACUUAGGAAAUAGGGUGUACACCUAUAAAUAGCAGUCCCAAGUAUAGUUUAUAACUAAUUCUACAUAUAUAUACACGUAAUGACUAUGAUUAGAACAAAAAAUCGAAAGCCAGCUGCAAAUCGGAAUGCAAUGGAUUAUGAAAAAAUAAACAUGCAACAUUGUGAGACGUAUACAAAAACAA